UCCCCCCAUUAGUAAUAUAACUAGAUCCAGAAACGCUCGUCUACAAGGUGCUGCCUCGUCUGCCCACAGCGGCUCGCCCCUUCUGCGAGCGGCUGAGAGUCCUUGGCGACGCCCUGGCUGGGGCAGGCCCCCGAGCUGCAGCAGCAGCUGAGGGACCCACACCUGUGCUCUCUGGAGCUGGGACCGCACCGGGCUCGGUACCUGGGCCCGAGGAGGCAAAGUCACAACCUUGCGGGACAGACCGAGGUGGGGACAAAGACACACAAAGCGAGGGGGCGGCCUGGCUCGCACGCAGCCCGCAGCCCCACCCCGCCGGCGACUCACACCUCCCCUGCCCGAGCGCUGCGGAGCCGGAGCCCGGGCUGAGCGAAGCCGGGCUGCCGAGCGGCCGGGUUCCUUCGCGCGCCGGGCGUUGGCCGUGGUGCUGACCGCGCUGCUCCUCUGAGCACCGGACCCCGCCGGGUCGCGGCCGCGCCCUGAGACACUGCUGAGGCCCAGGGGCACCAGGCACCAGCAGCAUGGAGCUGAAGAGGGGAAAGACUUUCAUCAAAUCCAGCCUACAGAUUUCCCAUGAGAGACCCUCAGACUCAGCAGCUACUGCUCCAGUCAAGGAAGAUGCAAGUCUGUGGUCAGUCUCACUGGGAGGGCAGCAAAGGCUCCAUAGCGAGAAAGGGUCCCAGACCAGUCCUAGUGCCCAAGGACAUGGCAGGAAUCCCAACAAGGGAGCUCAUCCCAACCCUGACGGGGGCCCUGUAGCCCUUUGUGAAGCCACCUUCAAGCUAGUGAGGAAAAGCAAGACUCACGACAGUGUUCUAGGAGCUGGCACAGCAACCACAACCACAGGGCAGCUGGUGGGCAGCACAAGCUUCCCAGGAACUCCCAGUGGCCCACGCAUGAUUGACUACCGCCACUUUGUGCCCCAGAUGCCCUUUGUGCCUGCUGUGGUCAAAAGCAUCCCAAAGAAGAGGAUUUCCCUGAAAAGGCCCAAGAAGUGCUUCCGGAACCUAUUCCACAUCUGCAGAAACAAGACUGAGAACGUAGCUGCCCUGGCAGGCAAGGGGAAGAGCCUCUCAUCCCCUGGAGACCCAUUGGUUGUUGCAGGGCAACAAGGCAAAGCAUUCUUCUCCCUGGGAGAGGGCCUGGAGCUGGACAGCCUGGGCCCGGACCUAUCUGACAGCGAGCUCCUGCCUGACUCUCUUGACCUGUGCCAGGUCCUAUGCGAGGAUGUGGCCUCCCUCAAGAGCUUUGACUCACUCACAGGCUGCGGAGAGAUCUUUGCAGAUGAGAGCUCAGUGCCAUCCCUAGAGCUCAAAGACAACCUCAAGAGCCCCACCCAGAUGUCUCAGGCCUCAGAGAGCAAGGCUCCCAUGGGUCCCUCCUGGAGCAUGGAGCAGCUAGCAUCGCCCGCUCAGAAAGAGGUUUCCAGUUUCACUAAGUUUUGGGACAGCACGACUCACUCUGUGCAGCAGCAACAGCACACCCUGCUUGGCUCAUGGCCAGCAGGGCCCCAGGGGACAGAUACAGCCCAGCCUAGGCCUGAUAUGGCUGAGCUGGUCAAGCUGCCCCUAUUCCCCUACAGGGGCCCUCCCAGUGGAUCCCAAGCCAGCUCUAUAGACACAGGCACCCCUAAAAGCGAGCAGCCAGAAUCCGUGUCCACAAGUGAUGAGGGCUAUUACGACUCCUUCUCCCCAGGCCUCGAGGAGGCCUCAGGCCCCACCACACCAGCGGUUGUCUUUCCUCGAGACAGCUACAGUGGAGAUGCCCUGUAUGAGCUGUUCUAUGAUCCCAGCAAGGGCCCGGUUGGCCCAAGCCUGGAUGAUGAGCUCGGUGUGUCAGGGAGUCUGUCAGGUCCAGCCCUGGGGACACCACUCUCCAUGUGUAGCUUCCAUGUGGGGGCUGAGGAGAACCUGGCCCCAGCACCAAGCCCCGACCUGCUCAGCCAGGGCUUUCUAAAGAGCUCCUGGAAGGGCAAGGAGUGCCUGCUGAAGCUCUGUGACACAGAAUUGGCCAUCACCAUGGGUAUUGUCAACUGGCUCCGCCGCACUCCACCUGCUGCCACCCCUUCCCCUGUGGAGCCUGAAGACCCAGUCAGCCUUCCUAAGGGCUCCUGGAGACAAGAAGAGAAACUGGAGGGGAAGAGGAACCAGGCCUCAGAUACAGCCAGAGCCACAGUAUGUUCAGCAACUGGCAGGAAGGCACACUUGAAUACUCAAAGCCUGCUGGCCAGAGAGAGCACAAUUUCAGGGGUAAUGGCAAAGGGGACCAUGACCCGAUCCCAGGAUCCCCCCAUGGAGCAAGAGACCCAUGGCCAUUCUGCAGGCUCAUUAUCUGUGGAGUCUGCAGCCACCACAGCAACAGAUACUUCUAGGAAAAUCAAAGCUACAAGCCUGCCUGCCUGGCCCAGUUCACAGAAGGCAGCGGGGCCACCUGGAAAUGUGAGGCAUUGCCAAGGCCCCGGGAGGCCUGGUUAUGGCGGGAGGACUCUAGAGGCAGGGCCUGCACUGGCAGGCUGUCUGACCCAUGUGGCAGCCCUGCAGAUCUGCUCAGAUGGCCAGCCUCCAAGGCAGGACACAGGCAGUGGUCUCUUCAGGCAGCCUCAGGCCUGGAGCCCUGACUUCCUACAGCAGAAAAAAACUAGUAGCUUCCCUAGUGAGGUCACUAUCUGUUGCCUGCCCUCCUUGGCCACCUCACAAGAGCAGAAGCAUCCAGACUUCAUCCUGAACCUGAUCCAGCUCAGGGCGGAGCCCACCAGCCUGGAAGCCAAGGCCUGCGCCUCCAUGGAGGACCUGAAGCUGCAGCUCAGCCCGAAGGCUGCAGAGCAGGCAGCACACAGAAGUUGUCUGGACUGUGGGCCUCCCUUAGCUCCUGCUGCCCAGGGGAGCCCCUGAGGCUACUCCCCAGAAACCUUGAGCCUUACUCUGAACAGCCAGUGGCAAAGGGCUCCUCUACAAAUGUCUCAAAAUGCUGUCACGGACCCCUGGCCUGAUUAGCUGGAAGUGGGGGCCCUCAAGCCAGUCAUGGCCAAACACUAUCCAUAGCACAGGCUCACCCUCACCAUAAACCAAGUCUUUGUGGACAUAUUCAAAAGAUACUAGGACCCAAAAAUCUAUGUUUUUCUCUUGAUGUAAGGGCUGUGUUGGAGGCAAUGGAAGCAGGACUCAGGCAAGUAAGAGGUGGGACAUUUCCAUGCGGAGGUAUCUUUAGCUGACCCAAGGCCAAAGAUAGCUUGAAACUGCAAAUUGUUCCUUAAGAAACAUGUCGGAGAGGAGCUCGGGCCUGAGACUGAUGAAAAAGAAAUGGUCCAUAUUGCAAAUGAGAGGCUGAGAGAGUCAAUCUGUCGACUGAUAUUGUAUGAGAAGGGUGAGGUCCAAGGCUCAGCACAAGAGCCAGAUGUGGUAAGCUCAGAAGGGUCUUCUGAUCUCACCCCAUGAGCUCUCUCCCAGUCCUUGGGAACCCAGUCCAGAACCAGCUCCACCUCUGCAAGAGACUCAAAGCAGCCAGGAUCAUGCAUUACUCCGCAACCCUGCCAGGGCUAACUGGACCCUGCCCACCUCUGUUGAUAGGUGUUUCAGAGUUCUCUGUCACAAAUUGUCCUGUGCAAGUGAUAGUUUUCCUCCACUUGCACUCUCUGAGGCCAUGGAUGGAAGGACACUCUCUGGGGAGAACCCCAUUACUUCUUCCCAGUUCUGCCUUUCUUUCUUCAAGUAGCAAAAGUGACUCCACUCUCUCCACAGUUAGCAUCCCCAUUUCAUCUUCAAGAAAAUUCACCUUGAGUAGGGCUGCACACAUUCACAAAGCUGUAACAGAUAAGAAGCACCCAAAUAUUCAGAAGUGUAAAACUGUAAAAACUAGAGAAGCCAGCUGGUAUCCUCAGAAAGGUCAGGUGUCCUGGCCCAGCACCAAGGUAGCAGGUUCAGGGACAGAUGGCCCAUCCCCUUCCUUUAGGAUUAGUUUCUACCUCAGCCAGAACACUGUCAUGGAAGGCAAAAGAUGGGAUGUUACAGGAACCUGUAAAAUUUAUUUCUAGAGGGAAAGGGGAGCUUAGGUCCUUGGCAAACUACCAGAGAAGUCACAGUUUAUCCAGAACUCCUGAGGGGAAGUGAGGAGAGGGGAGGGAGUUGCAUUAACUCUGGCAGGGGAGGAAUUUCAGGCCGGGCUGCAGUCUCAUGGUGCCUGACAUUGACUUCAGGCUAUAAAUUCUCCUGCAGCCAUCAUUCAUGGCAGUGCUGUGGCCCACAGUACAUAGGACACAGGCUAUGCAUCCUAGAUUCAAAUGUUACAGCAAGGUUCCACACCAGUCUCUCCAGCCCUGGGAUAUAGAGGAGUCUUAACACCAGCUCUUCUGUGAAGCCAUGUCUGAUUCUUUUUUCCCAAAACCCUCACCUCCUAGCCUCCCAAAAUCAUAACCACAUUACUGAGUCUAGAUGUGAACAGGUUACAAGUAGAUCAGGCUGCCCCCUCGCCACAUCAACCUAAAUGCACUUCUUAUCCUCACUUCUCAGGCCUAGAAACCAAAAUAUGGACAGUCCAUGGCCACAAAGAGUGUGUGUGGCUGGUAGGAUUCGAAUCUUACCUCUGCUGCAAGGUCCCUGCUCUUCAGCAGGCUCUGGAACUUCUUCUGGAGUUUCCAUGGUGAACACCUCCCUUAGAUCCUUCCUCCUCGUUUUUUCAGGCCACAGAAGUCUGAACCUGCUAGAGUGCUAGCCACAUGUCUUUUUGUGAGCAAGUUGAGAACCUAGGGGGAGGGCACCCUCCCUCAGUCAUGGACCUGUGGCUCUGUAUUAUACCUGACCGAGUAAGUGCUCAGUAAAUACUUGUUAACAGCAUGAAGUAUUGAAGCACAUUUUUCUGAUUUCCUCUUGACCACGAACCUUGUGCCUGGAGAAAAACAGAAUGGAGAUUUAAAUCCAACCCUACUAAAUGUCUCUCCCCCAGCAGGGGACAGUGUCUUUAACAUUCCUUGUAAUGCAGUGCUUCAUGAUUAUGGAGUAGAACCCAACCAGACCCAAGAGCAAAAAUGACAGGAACCAAGGUGGUCAGGUCUGGACAGGAAAGCCUGGGUCACUGGAAGCUGGGAGUACCUAGGAAGCAGGGCCAUGGAAAGAUGUGAGCUACAGUCCUACUUAAGGUAGAAGAGGCCCGGUCUGGCUUUCAGAAAUACUGGUUAUUUCUAACCAUCUCAGAAAUAGUUCUUCAUGUGAAGUGAAACCUUGAGAAGCAGAUCCUUGGGGCCAUACUGUGGCCAUGGCAAGGGUGACAGAGUGGCCCAAGGUCAGAAAGCUGGGAAGCUGGACCUGCUAUGGAGGCCAGGAGUGCUGGUGAGUAAGAGAGGCAGAGCUGCACUGGGAUGGGGCUGGCUAGGAGGCAGAUCUUUGGUAAUAAGAAGGGCAUCGUCUGGACUGGAUGGGAAGAACCUGCAGACUAUGCCAGGAGAUGCUGCUCUCCUCUCCUGGUCUUCUGUUUCAUUUUAUUUUCUGUAAUGGAAAAAAAAAAAAACCAUGAGAUAAAAAGGAAAAAGCCACAGUAAAAAAAUGGUGAAAAACAAA